AUGGCAAGCCAUCUUACAGUGGAGACACUUCUUUCAUUGACACCGUUUCAACCAGACGGCAGCGACGCUGUCACCAGCGCAUCACGUGAUUUUCUUUUAAGUUGUAUCAAAAGUCAACCGGCAAUACACCGAGUUUUUUUCCCCAGCUUCGAACCUCCUCCAUUACUGAAGCUGGUCGAGUACAGAACUUUUCCCAUAGACGCGCUGUCCACGGCGUUCAUCGCAGAGGCAAUAUCAAAGCUCAAAGACCCGUAUAAUUUCUAUAGAAUUAUAAACAAAGCUGUUGUGGAAGAUCAGCUGAAGGAGGUUUAUGAAAGUCUGCAUUGGAAAAAGUUGGGGUUUCAUCUGUACACGACUCUGUACCCUGACGUUGUGAGAGAAACCAGUACAAACAUCAGACUUCGAGAUUUCAUGGGCGCAGACGGGCAUAUAUGGGCCGAGAAACUGGCGUCUCAUGUCAUGGACCCCAGGUGGCUGAGAUCCAUCCACCAAGGGAUAGUGAGAGGUCGCUACACCGAAGAUCUGUACAACAGGGACAUGAAUGCUUUGUUUGUGAAGCUCCAUCUGUUAGACCCACAGUCGGUAAUUCCAGUAUACCAGUUCCUACUCAAUCAGAAAGAACUGGCCACACGCAACUACCUUGGCGGACGUCUGGAGUGGUCACUCAUUAAGACCGAUAUUGAACGUGCAGAAAACAAAUCCAAGACCCCGCUGACCGCCAGCAGACUUAGUCUAACAUCGGACAUCGAUCUCCACUACGGCGUUGAUGUGGAGGACUUCAUCGUCACCGAGUGUAGGGCUAUGGGCCUGUGGAAUGGGACGAGACCUGACAACUACAAGAUUAUGAAAGCCAGAGAUCGAUGUGUUCUGAUGUGA